AUGGCCUUGCAGUUGCUGGUGAUGAUGGGUGAGGCUGAGAUUGAAGCCAACGUCAUCACCUUCAAUAGCGCCAUCAGCGCCUGCACCCAAGGCAGUGAGUGGCCUAUGGCUUUGGCGUUGCUGUCCACCAUGGCUUCCGAACACCUUUGGCCAGACACAGUCAGCAUGAACAGUGCCAUCAGCGCUUGCGCCGAAUCUGGUCGUCUCUGGGUCGCGGUGAGCCUCAUCGAGUCAAUGUCAGAGUUUACCACUUCUCCCAACACCAUCACCCUCAACAGUGCCAUGAACGUCUGCGAGAAGGGCGGCUUCUGGGCCGUCGCGCUGAAGUUGUUGGGUGAUUUUGGGCGCAGGCGCCUUGACAGCACCACCAUCUCCCUGCACACCGCUGGCAGCAGUUGUGUCAAGGCGCUUCACUGGCAACAUGCACAACACAUUUUCGACACUGAAGAUGAUGUCACGAUCACCACCCUUGCAGCUACUGCGUGGGAGCUCAGCGAAAAGGCCCAGCCACUUUGCAGUGUCUUAUCAGAGCUGCAGUGGCAAAUGGCCGGCGACUUGCGUGGGUUUUCGGCGCUUGAAAAGAAGUGA